AUGCAAGAGGGUUCGGAAGAAGCUGAUGAUUCCGUAUCUGCGUCUUCCACAUCAACUCUGUUCGAAUUACCCGAGUACAUACUCAAAAACCUAACUCCAACUAAGGGAAGUAACUCGAAAGAUAAGAAUCAUCGAAUAAGGAAACUGCAGAUUAUCAAAUCAAAAACCCUUAAAUUGAAGAAAAGGUCACAAACAAUAAAUCAAAAGAUUAGAGACUUGAGAUUACAUAGGGAAAUAAUUUCUAAUAAGAUUGCAGAGGAUUUAUCGGAUAACUUACAACGUGCUAACGAAAGAAGAAUGGCAUUUCUCGCUAAAAGACGAGAAAGGGCUAGGAAAGUCCAAUUGACUUCUUUAAAGCUACCAAUUGUACUACCAUUCCCUACAUCUUCCAAAAGUAGGCAAAAUGAGAUAGAAUUUGCAGUCGGGGAUAUAAAAGACGUCGUUAUAAUACAGAGAAGCAUUAAAAAAUAUAUAUUACUCCGAAAUGUGAAUCAAUUUAGGGCUUUCAACGUUUCUAAAAGUUUAACACAAAUGACGUAUAGUGAAGCAUUACUGUUGCUCAAUCCUCAAACAGAAUUCGUUAAGACCACAGUUUCUAUUCUUAGAAAUCUGGAUUUACCUGAUAUUCUUCCUCGUCAAAAAUAUAAGAGUUUUCUCUAUUCUUUGAUAAUGAUUGCUGAUUAUAAGGAUUCUUUAAUUCAUCACACUCAUUCCGGAUUCAACACGAAUAUAUCAGACAAAAAUGUAAACAAUCUUGCAAAUUCAGUGUCCCUUCUUUUAUUCAAACUGGCUGAAAAUAUGAUAUGCAAGUUUGUUGAAUUUGUUUACAGUGAUCCUAAGGAAAUAGAAAACCCGUGGAGUCUUCCGAAAUUAAAGCUAUGCAAAAGUUGGAAAGUUUAUCACUUUCUAUUUCAGAUUUUCAGAAGAUUACAUUUCGAUAAUUGCAUGAUCAUCAUAAGCGAUGCCUUAGACAUCGUUCAAAAGCAGUUAUUAGUGUGUCAAGCUAUUGAAAUCGAAAUGCAAAGAGAUAAAUAUGUUAAUAAUCACAAGUACUUAUCUAGACUUUCACAGGUUUUUAAUUUUUCUGGCACAGAAUGGACCUAUUUUGGAGAGGAUUCCGUUAUGUUUAUUAAUAAUCUAAAAUUGCGAGUAUUUGAUAAAGCCAUUCCUGCAAGGCCUAAAGUUAGAGCUAGUAUAGAGGUACUAGAAGAAUUAGAUAAUAUAGUCGAAAGCACAAACAAUCAUUCCAUAACAUUUGAUCAUCUCGUGUUUAAUAUUCCGCCUAAAAUCCCUAUAAAUAAAUGGAGAAAAUAUUGGAUACAAACAUACCGAACUAAAAAACGUACACUUAAUCAGAAUAGGUACAGAAUUCCCACCCAAUUAAAGUCAGGUUUUUUCAAUGUAAACUCUCAAAAUAUGCCGUCAAAUAUUUAUAUUGAAAAUGUAUUCAGAGAUUUAGGUAUAGAUUCAAUUCAUACUAAAUAUGAAGUUUUACGCGGCGAAAAUGAUUUACAUCUGUUUCUGGCUGACUUUGACUUUAUUGUUAGCGAUACAUUCCUCAUACUAUUUGAGUAUUGCAUUAAAUUCGAAGAUAGUAAUAAUAGUGAAGGAUUUGAUAUUGCUAUCACACAAUUCAGAACUUUGAAAAAUUCUUAUCAAAUUGCAAGAUAUAACACCCAUAGAGAGUUAUUACAAUAUUUUAAACUUCAUUUCUUUUGUUUAAGUCACUUGGCAUCGAUAGGACCACAUAUUUUGGAUUUUGUACCAAAUUCAUGUAGCGGAUUUAUUGAUAUCUUGAAUAAUCUAGACCAUAUUUCUCCCGAAGGUUUUGAAGUUUUCAUAAAUUUUUACGAGGAAUUAGAGAUAUUGAUAAUGAACUUAUGGCUCAACCGAUGUAAGAAUAAUAGUGAGGAGAAGAUCAAGGCAUUUGAAAAUAUUUGCCAAUUUAUAUCAAAGAAAAACUUCAAAAUAGAAAAUGGCACCAAUUCUCCUCAUUUACGAUUCCCAUUAUUCUACAAAUUCCUAUUACAAUACGAUAGUGAUUUUGAUAAGCACCUUAUGCUGUAUAAUUCAAUCAUUGACUCCACUUUUGAGUAUCCAAAUUUCGAAUCAUCCUCGAUGAAUGAAUCCAGCUUUAGAUAUUUUAGACAGAUCUACAUUAAUUUUAUUUUGGACAAUCUUUGGAACCAUGAUAGCAAAUACGAUCCAGAUUAUUCAACUAAUGAAUUUGAUGUAUUUUUCAAAGAGGAAAUCAAAGUUCUUAUUACUAAAUGCCGUGUCCUUCUCAUUUCUAACUGUGUGCUACAUUUAAUUUUUAAUUUUUAUCAUAAAGAAGAAAGCGCUGAUGGCCAAAAGUACAAAUAUUUGAAUACUGUAUCCAUACGCAAAAUUGCAGAUAUCAUAAUACGAUUCUUUUCUGAGAAUGUUAAUGUUCCAGAAAUUAGUCUUUUCCUUUACAACAUUGUGGAGACUCACACAGAUGAAAUACUGAAACUGCAUAUUCAUGACUUGAUUUUUUACGUACAUAAAGAGUAUGUGAAAUUGAUUGAAUAUGACGCUGAAUCUUUACUUAAAAUGACACUUACUGGUAAGUUUGUCAAAUUAAUCAAUGCUGAUCCACUGUCUACUGAAUUUGAAUACCUAUUGAAGGGAAAUUUCAAAUAUUUCAUGAUUCAGACAAGGCAGCUGGUAGCUGAAAUCAAUGAAACUCUUAGAGAAAUAUAUGAGUUAUACUCUCCUUUAUUAAACUGGAUUUAUAGGGAUAUAGGUGAGCCUAAUAUUUAG